AUGUCCUCCAAGCUCAAAGACUCGGUCACGUUUCUCCCCUUAAAAGACCUACGUUACUCUACAACAGCCCAACAAGGCCACACGUGGUUCAUGAGCUCCAUGAAUGACUCACAUGAAGAAGGUGAAGUUCAGUACCAACACUUCCCUUCAAAAGCAUCAAAAGGUAGGGUUUUAUGUCUAAAGGGAAGAGAUAAACAUGAUGGUGCAUGGAAUUACUAUGCGCUUGCAUGGCCUGAAACCCUACCUCACAAUUCAACCCUGAAGAAGGGUCUCACUUUUGUGUCAUACAAUCACUACAACUAUGAUAACAUAUGGCAUGGUUUAUCAGCUAUGGUGCCAUUUGUGGCCUGGCAUAUAAAGUCCGGCUGCGCUGCGCCUGACCGGUGGGUUUUAUACCACUGGGGUGAGCUAAGGACCCAGAUGGGACCUUGGCUGAGGUCUUUAAUGGCGUCUACGUUUGGAGAACCACUAGAGAUUGAAGGGUUUGAAGAUGGUGGAGCUGUUUGUUUUGAGGAGGCUGUGGUGAUGAGGCACAAUGAGGGAGGCAUGUCUAGGCUAAGGAGGGUAGAGGUUUAUGAUCAGAUGAGGUGUAAGGCUAGGGCAUUUUGUGGUGGGAGUGUGGAGGUGGACGGUGGGGCGGCGCCGCCACUGAUUGGGAUGACCAUGUUCAUGAGGACUGGGCCGAGAUCGUUUAGGAAUGAGUCGGCGGUGGUUGGAAUCUUUGAGAGGGAGUGCCGGAAGGUGGAGGGGUGCCGGUUGAUGGUGGCUUACUCCAAUAAUCUCACCUUCUGUGAACAGGUGAAGCUGAUGAGUUCAACUGACAUUUUGGUCUCUCCACAUGGGGCUCAAUUAACUAACAUGUUCCUAAUGGAUAGAAACAGCAGUGUUAUGGAAUUCUUCCCCAAGGGAUGGUUAAAACUGGCUGGUGUAGGUCAGUAUGUCUACCAUUGGAUUGCUAGCUGGUCCGGCAUGAUACACCGGGGAGCGUGGCGAGACCCGACCGGGGACGAUUGCCCCUUCCCGGAGGACGAUCGCAGGUGCAUGUCCAUCUACAAAAAUGGCAGAAUUGGACACAAUGAGACCUAUUUUGCUGAGUGGGCAAGAAAUGUUAUUGAUGAUGUCAAGAUGAGGAAGAUGGAAGAAAGGAAGAACUCAGCUGCUGGUUCUAGUGGCUGUACUUGUAGCUGA